AUGGAUCAGCGCAAAGGACAAUGGGCCAACCGAUCCGACACAGACGCAUCUCGGGUCUACGAGCCACAUUCCAAACCAAGAGAGGUCUUUCUGCGUGUGCGCAUACAGACCAUCGAGAGGGCCAAAAAGGAUCUCACCGUCCGCUUCGACGCCCUCACAAACCUGCCACACUUUCGCGCUUCCUCCUACCCUGGCAUCACUCGCACCUACCGGCAACUCUGCCUCUUUGCUCUCGCUCUUUCGCUCUCUAGCCCAGCCAUCAUUGUGCCCGCCUUGCCUCUGCCGUCCACAACAGCCAGUGGCUUGGAAGAUACCCGCAUUCUCCGCCUCAUGCUCGGCAGAUGGUUCUCCCGGGUCCUCGCAGAGCCAGCCCUACGAGAUCACCCAGAGACUCGCAACUUGAUCGAGGCCGACUUUGCCUACUCCCCCACUCCGCCUGGAACUGGCAGCUCUGCAGCCGCUCGAAAGCGCUUCUCAAAUGCCAUGGCGAGCGCUGCUUCCGUCGCUUACGGCGGUGUCGAUACAACCGGCGGUCUUCCAAAUGGCGUCCUUGCCACUUCAGCUUCUGCAUCGACGGGGUCUCGCAUCAGCAGCGGUGGUCUCGGCAUCCUCGGUCUGGGCGGCAGCUCCAAGGGUCUCAGCACGUCAAGGAGCGUCUAUGAUGACGACGAGGAUCUCGUGGCUGCCAGAGCGGAAGUCACUCGACUCGAAAUGCAGUUUGCCGACGCUGCCGAAGCAUCCGAGAAGCUCGCUCAUUCCCGUCGCUCGCUGACCGCCGCUCUGACCGACUUUUCGGUGAAGCUCAACAAUCUUGGAGCAGUGGAGGAGAUUCGACCACCAUCAUUGCGUCUCGGUCUUCCGUACGUCCUCAAACGCACAGCCUACACCGCACGCAGUCUCGGCGAGUUGCAAGACGCAUUAAGCAACACUGAGCUCUUGACUAUCGGUGAUGCUGUGGCGUAUCAGUCCAUCAACGCAAGAGCAGCUAAAGAAGCCAUGCUCGCGCGCAACGCCCUCGUAGAAGAACAUCAUAAUGCACAGAAAGCUACCGUCAACAAGAAGCGGGAAGCCGAGCAUCUGAAGAUGCAACGCAACCUCCGCGCAGAUCGAGUCGACGACGCACUUGAGGAGCUCGAAGAGGCCAAGCGACACGAGCACGCACUCGCGCUCCAUCUCAAGAAGAUCAGUCAAGAGCUGCACAACAGCUUGCAGAGCCACAGCAGAUACGCGCAUCAGGACUUGCAGCAGGCGCUGGCGGAGCAUGCGAGAGGCAGCGUCAUGUUCGCGCGGCAGCUGUUGAAGGAGAUGAGAGGUUUGAAAGAGGAGCUGGACAAUUCGGCCAGGAGACCAGAUAGCAGGGUUCAAACGCCUCAAAGACCUUCGCAAGGGUUGGCAGGUACGCCCGGAUCCGCGAGACCACCAUUCGCGCACAUCGACUCGGAUCGCAGCAGUCCCGGCGAAAGACGUUCUUUGACUCAGUCGAGACCGGACGGUCUUCCCAACACCGGUCCAUCCGAGUCUGGGCAGAACAACGGCAGACCACCCUCCUUCUUGCCCGACAGCAUGCGCAGAUCGACCAGCUCAGCUUCGACGACGUCUCACAACGUCUCGUCGCCACCGCCGCAACCGCCAGCACUGCGAUCACCCAUGCCCACCACGCCCAACGCCUGGUCAGACCCUUCCCCCAUGGGCACGCCCAGUCUCUCGCAAUCCAUGCACGCAGCAUCGGGGCAACCCAUGUCUCGCAACAGCACCCAGGACGAUCCCUUCGCCUCCGGGUUCAACUCUGCUGCCGGUGCUGGUGGCGGCAGCGGUCCUCCUGGCACCCAGUCCAUGUUCCUACACCGUCCCAAUCCAGCCAACACGCGACCGAACCCAUUCGGCACGCUCAACUCGGGCUCGUCAGGAACAGCCAGCGGGCGAUCGAGGAUUUCGGCGUCCGAAGCGGCCAGAAGCCUGGCUGGCAAGUUCUGA